UCAAGUUCCUUUGAAUAUCGAAUUGGAGACCACGAGGAAGACUCGGAAACUGUUAGACAUCCAGAAACAGUAAUACUUAACAAAGAAAAAGUUGCCCGAUGGUGCACGGCAUAAGUUCAAGAUGACCAGAAAUGAUGUGGGCGGUUCGGGUGCUGUUGUUAGGAGUGGUGUGUCGUGAGGUGCUAGCUGCUCCCGACUGGACGGACUGUCCAUCGACCUGCAGCUGCAAGUGGACUUCGGGGAAGAAAUCUGCUCUUUGCCGCUAUGCGGGAUUCACGGCAAUCCCAGAUACGCUAGAUUCUGACAUGCAAGUCUUGGAUUUGACUGGCAACGAAAUCCCAUUCCUCACAAAAGACGCAUUUAAAAGUGUCGGUCUCCUCAACCUGCAGAGGAUUUUUUUAAAAGGUGCUGGCGUUCGCGAGUUGCACAGUGACGCUUUCAAGAAGUUGACUAUUCUCGUCGAAGUCGACUUAUCAGACAAUUUAAUCGCAACAUUGCAUCAAAAUACUUUUGCAGGAAACGAUCGGUUAAAAGUACUGUAUUUAAAUGGUAAUCCAAUAACCGAACUAAAGCCGACUCAGUUUCCACACCUUCCACAUUUAAAAACUCUUGAAAUGCAACAUUGCCAGAUAACGGAAGUGAACAGAGACGCGUUCCUACAUUUACCCGCUCUUGAAUACCUUAACUUGAACGGAAAUCGGCUAAAAAAGAUUGCCGAGACUGUCUUUUUACCUUUAUCCAAAUUAAAAAGCCUAUCGUUAGAUGGCAACCCCUGGAAGUGUGACUGUGACCUUAGGGGUUUCAAAAAUUGGUUGUUAUCAUCCAACUUGUACUCUCACCCUCUCGUGUGUACGGAGCCUAGCGCUCUCGUAUCGAAGCACUGGCAAGAUAUAAAACCUUUGGAAUUCGCUUGCCCGCCGGAAGUCUCCGUUUCAGACUCGAUGCUCCAAGAAGAAACGGGCAUGAACGUAACAUUAAAAUGCCGAGUCAGAGGCGAUCCCGAACCGCACGUGUCCUGGCUUUUCAACGGGCACAGCAUCGGUAACGGGACGUUACAUAACCAGGAUCAGAUCUUGUUGAUUGAAGAAGAAGACGGUGAGGUCAAAGCGGAAAAAUGGAGUAGCUUGAGCAUUAUUAAUGUGAGUGAAGCGGACGCUGGAGAAUACACUUGUGUAGCUAAAAAUAUAAGAGGCCAAGCGGCCACGAACGUGUCGCUGUUACUUCCAGAAGUAGUAAUUGCAACGACUGUCAGUAAAAACGAAAACUGGUUUGUAUGGAUAGUGUGGGCUACAUCCUGCGCUGUCCUGAUCGUGACGGCCGCUAUAGCUUCAUGCAUCGUGAUCAGAGUCCGACACAACAACGCUCGCUUCAGAAGAAAAAAUAAUUUAAAAACCACCACUAGUUAUACUGAACAGGACAAAAAGUUGUUAGACGUCAGUAUAACGACGACGGAUCGCCAGACCGGCAGCUGUGAAGGACUUGGGUCUCAAACUGAUAUGGAAUUUCUAGAGCAUUCCCUACAAUCCAUCCCAGUGGAAAUGUGCGAUCAACCGGUUCACAUAACGAUCGAAAGCCACUCGGCAGAACCGGCCGUAUCCGUUUACCAGCCCCCUCCGGAAUUUUCGAGGAGCAUACUACCCGCUGGUGCUUUUGGCAACAUAUUCAUAUCGGUCUCUGUCUCGCAGGAGCCGACUGUAGAAUCUCCGAGAUACCCGGACCUACUCGAUCUGCCACACAGAAAAACUGUGGCUGUAGCUACAGACAACUCUUAUUUCGCAACACUUCCACGUCAACCCCGUAUCAAAGAAACCGAACCUGUUUUAAGGGUGAGACCUCAGUACGACAACAUGGGCCCCAGGGUGACUGCAGCUGGAAGCUCAACGAUAUCUCUGCCUGAUUCUGCAAAUGCCGAAGAGGAUAUACCUCCUCCCCCACCCCCUCCAAAUUGUACCCCUUUGACUGUCGAGUAUGUCUCACUGUGAGUUAUUUCAGUUAUUUCGUCACUGCAACUUGCAAAGGUGUAUUUGUUUGUUUUAUUUAAAAAAAAUCAUCAUAAAUAUUAAACUUUGAGUUUAACACUCUUUCCAUGACCGUUUGACCGUAUUAGAAAUUUACUGUUUUCAUUGUAUAUACAGUAUCCAAAUAAGGUGGGUCUUUCCAUCUUUUUUGUUUCGACAAAUAUUUAUCUUACACUUGACAUUUUAAUGCGUAUAAUUAUAUAUGUAAAAUUAUGACAUAUUUAAAUUCCAUUUGUUCUGUAUUUCUGUUUUAAAAGAUCAUUUCUAAACAACUCCAACUGCUCUCCAUGGAAUUAUUACGAUAUAUCAAUAAAAUCGCUAAAAAUUUACGAUUGUUUGUCUGUCUUAUGAAAAGAAUCUAGAAUCUACUGCAAUACUGCAAAAGAGUUUGCAAAAAUUUAACGCAUGUCUCGUAACAUAGAUAACACAGUUCAAGUAUUAAAGAAGCAUAAUGGAUAUAAGAGUGCAUUUGUGUUCAAUUUCUAAGCAGUCUCAUAAAAUAGGAAACCAUCGCUGAUAUAUUCGGCAUGUGGCCAAGCAACGAAUUGAAAUAGCAAAUCUUUCAACUUGAUUAGUCCCAUAUAAUAAAACCAGUCUACCCAGAGCUUCUUCGAGAGUGAAAAUUAAAACAUAUCUUUUUCAUAUUAUAAAAACAUUCUUCUAAAGCUGUAUAAAAAUAAUAAUAAUGUUUAGUAGAAUAUUUUUCUAGGGCUUUUGUUGUAUUAUAUAAGGCCUUUCUUCCGUAAUAAUUCCAUCGAUUGAUUUGUUAAAAAAUAUAAAAACAAAUAAAAAAGAUAUUUUGUGUUAAUGUUUCAGUGUUCGAUGUUAAUUAUCCAAUACCUAAAACUGUGGGAGUGUUUUUUUUUUCAAAAUAUUAACAUUUUUUGUUUGUUAUUACUAAUGAAAGCAAUCAUAUUUCUUUAUAAGAGCGUGGUAACUAGACUUUCUAGUUAAAAUUAAAACAUAUAUUUUUAUAUAAAAAUUUCUUCCACACGUUUGUUUGAUUUUUGGAGGUAUGUCACCUGUAUAUAGUAUAUAUAUGUAGACCUGAUCUUUACCCGCAUAUAGUUAAUUAUACAUUGUCCUAAUUGUACUAUCAACGCACUAUUGAAAUUAAUUUGUUAUUUCCCUAAUUAGGUUCAAGCGACGUUUAUUAUCACUAAGGGCAAUUUCAGGUUUAAAACUGUCACAGCCCAAAACAGAAACGGAAAUUAAUUAUUGUUUCAUUCACAUAAACAUACGGCGGUGAUUGAGCAAACAGUGUACGCUCAAAUUAAUUUUUCGAAAGGAUCUAGGAUAAAAGCCAUUUGCUAAUUACUGCAUUUUUCAUUUUUUUAAUUUAUUUUUUUUAAAUUAUUUAUUUAUUUAUUUAAUUUUUUUUAACGGUGAGAAAUAAAUUUUGAACUUCGCUCCCGCAGUUUUUCAAACAUGGUUCGAUGUGUGCACAAUACGGUGUAAGAAUGAAAAUGAUGUUAACAUAGAUAUUACCGUUGUAUAUCAAUGUUAAAUUAGUUUAUUAAAUGGGAAAUAGUAGUUACAAUGAAUUUUCUUCUACUCGUGUAGAUUUUCACUUUUGUAAGAUGGGAAGUAAACAAUGAAACAUGGAAUUUUUAUUUUAGUUUUAUUUUUCGAUUAAAUUUGGGUUGAAGAUAGAAAAUUGAAUAUGAAGUGAGAUAGCAGCACUGAUAAAUCACAUUUUCUGUUCAACCACUGUAGAGUAAUUUGGAGUCAAUCAAAUGAUCACAAAGGGGCUAUAAAUUUCGUUUGAAUUGAAAUCAUGUACAACCAUUAAAUGGUUUUAAAAACUUUUUUUAAAAAACUUCUAAAUUUACACCAAUUAGUAAUUUCUUCAUAAAUGCCUAUGCUUAUUUAAAUAAAUAAAAAUCAAACUGUUGAAAAUUGUAAACCAAACAUUGUUAAAUAUCUACGCAUAUCCAACUUUCGAACAUUUCAUUUGUUGUGGAAUUUUUCUUAUUACGUUAAUGGUACCUGCUUAGUCAUGCUGUAAUGUUGUAAUAUUAAAAAACUAUUAGUGUUUAGUUGUAGAAAUAUCUGUGUGUUAUAAAUAUAAACAUAUAUGU